UUUCGGUUUUACAUUUAGGCGUUGGUCAUAAAGUGGCUCACAGUUAAGAUUCCAAUAUGGAUCUGCCUAUAAAGACUGAACAGUGUGAGUCUGAUUCAUCAGACAGCAGCAUGGACAACAUGUUUCCAAGCAUGACCAUUGUGUUAUUUGGAUACUCUUCAUCAGUCCAGUAUAGAAAUGACAACAUUCUACUUGGAGAAAAAAAGAAUAUCGAAAAUGAAAUAUCCAGAAUUGUUCCUUUAGAAAGGAAGAUAUCAGAAUGUGACAUCUCUGUGAUUAACAUGGUUGACCUACAUAAGACUGAGCAUGUGGAUAAUCUCCUUGGUCAACUAAUGAAUAAAAAUGAAAUCCACGCCUUUAUCUUUGUUGUGCCACUGGGCCAGUUAACCAAUGAUGAUAAGAUGAGUCUCGAUUGGCUUCAGAAAGUGUUUGGUGACAAAGUUCUUCAGUUUGUGAUGAUUCUCUUCACCUAUGAAGGAGAAGAAGAGUGUAACACCGUAAAAGAUGAUCUGAGGAGAAACCCUGACCUGCAGCAGCUGCUAGAUAAAUGUAGAGGGAGAUAUCAGACCUGCAAUAAAAUGAUGAACAACCAAUCAGAAAUGAGAGACCUGAUGAAGAAGAUUGAGCAUCUGUUUAAUGAGAAUCAACAGCAGAGCUACACUGGAGAGAUGUUUAAAACUGCAUCAAUAAGGAGGAAAGAGCUGGAAAACAGUGAACACAGAUGUGGCCACACAUCUGAAACGGAACCAAGUGCACAAUUAAACUUAAUUUUACUGGGGAAACAUCGAGCUGGGAAGAGUGCAUCAGGAAAUACAAUACUGGGACAAAAAGCUUUCGUAAAGAAAAACUCCAAAUCAGUCACUCGAGAAGUAGCUGUGAAACCUGGGACUGUUAAUGGGUUUUCAGUCACUGUUUAUGACACACCUGGAUUCCAUGACCCAAAGAUGAGUACAGAAGAGAUUCAGCAGAUACUUGAAAAGGUAAUUCAGAAAUGUGAAUCUGGUCUCUGUGUGUUUUUGCUGGUCAUCAAAGCUGACAAUUUCACUGAAGAAGAGAGGGAAACUGUGGAGAAGAUUGAGAAGCUGCUGGGAGAAAAACGCUUGGAAAAAACUUGGAUUCUCUUCACCAGGGGAGAUGAACUACAAGAGGAAAACAAGACCAUAAUUGAAUUCAUCAACGAGACUGAAGCACUGAAGAAACUAAUUCAGAAAUAUGAUCAGAAAUACCAUGUGUUCAACAACAAGAAGAAAGGACGAAGUGACCAGGCUAGAUUACUGCUGGUAAACAUUCUCCAAAGGUUUUUAAGUGUAAAAGAUGGAGGGAGACUCAGACGAAUUCCUGUCAUCAGUCCAAAUACUCAUAAUGAACCAGAUGCUACUGUCUCCAGUCUCUUGUCCAGAAGGAUUGUUCUUCUGGGUAAAAGUGGUGUUGGAAAAAGUGCAGCUGGAAACACAAUACUGGGAGAGAAAGUGUUUAAAUCUGUGAUGAAAAUGAUUUCAGUAACCUCUGAAUGUUCAGAGGGUCAUGUCACUGUUUCAGACAAAUAUGUGUCUGUAGUUGAUACUCCUGGAUUCUUUGACACAAACAUGAACUCCGAAGAGUUAAUGAAAGAGAUAGCAAGAAGUGUUUAUUUAUCCAGUCCUGGACCUCAUGCUUUUCUCAUUGUGUUUCCUGUGAAUAUGAGAUUUACUGAUCAGGAACAGCACAUCGCUGACCUUAUUGAAAUAUUGUUUGGUCAGGAGGUGUUAAAAUACUCCAUAGUUCUCUUCACUCAUGGAGAUCUGCUGAAAGAACAAAAUAUAGAGAAGCUCAUUGAGGAGAACUGUCAGUUAAGACAUCUAGUUGAUCAGUGUGGAGGCAGAUUUCACAUUUUCAACAAUGAAGAUGAGAAUUACAGAGAGCAGGUGGAUGAUCUCCUGCAGAAGAUUGACACAAUGAUAAAGCAGAAUGGAGGAGAACAUUACAGUAAUCAGAUGUUUGAAGAUGCACUGAGAUUCAGACAAAAGGAAGAAAAGAGAAGACGGAGAGAGGAAGAGCAGAGAAAACAAAAGGAGAAACAAAGACAAGAGGAGACUGAGAUAGUAACAAAUAAGAUGAAAGAGUUAGAAGUUCAUAAGUACCCUGAAUUUGAACAAUUUUUAACCAGGUAUCAGCCUAAUUUCCGUAUGUCAAUUUUUUCCCUUGGUCGACAUAUGAUUGCUGGUCAACUUAUUGGUAUGUUUAUUGGUGGGGCACUUGGUGCAGCUUUUGGACUUAUUGGAGGCCCUGCUGGUGCAGUUGUUGGUGCAUAUGUAGGUGUAGGUGCAGGGUCAAUUGUUGGUACAGCUCUUGGUGCCGCUGUUGGUAAAGUUAGGCGUAAUGUGUGACAAAUCCUCAUGACUUACAUGUUUAGGGGACCAAAAACCCAGUUGUGGCAAAUCUUCAGGAAAAUACCUUUGAAUAUAAAAUUUCACAUGGUCUGGGGUUCUUUGUGAAAUCCCUAUUUGGAGCUGUUGCUAUACUACAUUAGUCCUUGAUCAGUAAAAUCACCUUGUUCAAUAAAUGAUUCAUUAUCAGGGGUGACCAAGCUCGGUCCUAGAGGGCAUGUGUCCUGCAGAGCUCCAACCCCAAUUAGACACACGUGAACCAGCUAAUCAAGCUUUCACAAGGCAUACUAGAAACUUCCCAGCAUGUGUGUUGAGGUAAGUUGGAGCUAAACUUUGCAGGACACGGACCUCCAGAACCAAGUUUGUGCACUCCUGCGUGUGUUUUUAUCACAUUUACUGGUCUGGCUUUACUGGUCAUGUCUGUGAUCAAGUAAUCUUUUUUUUUUUUUUUUUUUGGUGUGUGUAAAUUUGCAAUAUUGUUUUAUUUUUCUUCUUUUUCAUAUUCAUAUUCAUAUUAUACAAUAUGGGUUAUUCUUUAUGAAUGUUAUUAUUAUUAUUAUUAUGAGUUAUUCUUUAUGAUUCUUUUUAUCUACUUAUCAUCAUAUUCAUAUCCCCGUCUCAUGGUACUUAUAUACUCAUUAUUAUUUACUUUUUUUUUUCACU